UCUCAGUGUGCUCGCAGGGCUGCUCGGUUCUAGUGACAGCGGGUUGCGGAGAUUCUUUUAGGGGUUUUUUUUUAAAGCGGAAUUUGUGGUGAAGUCGCUGCUGCACCUACGCUGAGAUGGCUGACCAACUUACAGAAGAGCAAAUUGCUGAGUUCAAGGAGGCCUUCUCGCUCUUCGACAAGGAUGGAGACGGCACCAUCACCACUAAAGAGCUGGGCACCGUCAUGCGCUCUCUGGGCCAGAACCCCACGGAGGCCGAGCUGCAGGACAUGAUCAACGAAGUCGACGCAGACGGAAACGGAACGAUAGACUUCCCAGAAUUCCUCACCAUGAUGGCCAGGAAGAUGAAGGACACAGACAGCGAGGAGGAGAUCCGAGAAGCAUUCCGUGUCUUUGAUAAGGAUGGAAACGGCUACAUCAGUGCUGCUGAGCUGCGCCACGUGAUGACGAACCUGGGAGAGAAGCUAACCGACGAGGAAGUGGACGAGAUGAUCAGAGAAGCAGACAUCGAUGGAGACGGUCAGGUCAACUAUGAAGAGUUCGUACAAAUGAUGACGGCGAAGUGAAGGCCUUGUACAGAUUUCUAUAUAAAUUUGCCUUUUUUUCUUUGUGUAAUUUAUCUGUAAAAUCUUAAUAGCCCCCAUUCGUCCCUGCCCCCUACUGCUGUCCAAAGGAACUGCAUGUAAACUGCAUAGGCUCUUGUCCCCAUGUCCCUUUCUUUUGCUGUCAUGGUGUUUUGGAGUGACGGAAUGGCGCCCCCUGGAGGUGUCUGGGAGCU